AUGGAGAACCUGGAGAAGCAGCUGAUCUGCCCGGUCUGCCUAGAGAUGUUCUCCAAACCCGUGGUCAUCCUGCCCUGCCAGCACAACCUCUGCCGCAAGUGUGCCAACGACAUCUUCCAGUCGGCUAACCCUCUGUGGCAGUCCCGCGGCUCCUCCAGCAUGGCUUCCAGCGGCGCUCGCUUUCGCUGUCCAUCGUGCCGCCAUGAGGUGGUGCUGGACCGCCACGGGGUCUACGGUCUGCAGAGGAACCUGCUGGUGGAGAACAUCCUCGACAUCUACAGACAGCAGGACAUAAAGCCGGAGCAGCAGCAGCAGCAGCAGCAGCUGUUGUGUGAAGAACACGAAGAGGAGAAGAUCAACAUCUACUGCCUGUCCUGUGAGACGCCGACCUGCUCCAUGUGCAAAGUGUUCGGAAAACACAGAGACUGCGACGUCGCACCGCUCGGCAGCGUUUACAUGCGGCAGAAGACGGAGCUGAGCGACGGCAUCGCGAUCCUGGUCGCCAGUAACGACCACGUCCAGGCAGUCAUCACUCAGAUGGAAGAAAUCUGCCGCACUGUAGAGGAGAACAGUCAGCGACGGAGAGAACAGCUGGCCGACCGCCUCGACGGCCUGGUGGCCGUCUUGGACGAGCGGAAGCAGGAGCUGGUGGGGCUCAUCACCAGAGAACAGGACGAUAAACUCAAACGUGUUCGAUCUCUCAUCGGCCGGCACAGUGAUCAGCUGGAGGCCGCGGUGACGCUGGUGGAGUCGGCCAUUCGGUCGAUGGAAGAGCCGCACAUGUCUUUGUUUAUACAGAGCGCCAAAGUCAUACUGGAAAAGAUGGCGGUGACAGCCAGGGCCUCUACCAUGGAGCGUCCAGAGCUCGGUUAUGAGGAUAUGAGCCACUUUGUCAUCGAUACCGACGGCCUCGCUGACAUGCUGAGGAGCAUCGACUUCUCAUCCGGCGCACACCGUGGUGUGGGAGAUGAUGGAGAGGAAGAUCCUGAAGAAGGUGAAGAGGAGUCCGAACUUGACUUCUGCCUCAGAUUUUGAGACCAAAACAGAAAUAUUUGUUGUUUUCAACAAGUCAAGGCCAGAGUUGAAUUGUUCUAAAGGUCAAAAAUCGGAGUAAGAAUGAUUCAAUAUUGUCUGAGAGAUUAACAGAACUUACAAGGUGUUUGAAUCUCCCUGUCAACCCUUUCAUUGAUGGUUUGAUCAGAGUUUGGCUUUGUGGUGUGUUAGACUCCUCACAUUAGUAAUUCAGCUUCCUGCCAUCAGCUGGACAGGAUGUACCUGAAGCCCCUCUCGUCAAACGUUUGUAUGUUUUAUACACAGUAAGCAACACACAUUAGACAACAUAGCCUGACUGAUAACAUGUAGUUUGACACACUUUUUAUUAUUUUAUUGAUAUAUUUAGUCCUAAAUAGUACUAACUAAUGAUACUUUCCUAGAGA